AAUUUAGUGAUACACAUACAUGUAUGGUACCGGUAGCUUAGCUAGAGAUGGAUACAUUACAUACAUGUCCUUUGGCUCCAAACUCCAAACGUUUCCAAAAUUCAGUCGCAGGUAUUAUUAAUUUUAAAUACAGUACGAUGAUGAAGCUGCGUGGGGAAUGAAACAAUAGAGAAGGAUUUUAGUCACGUUUUUGAGUCCUGAAUCCCCCAACAACUUCCAAGGACGUGCUGGGCAACGGCAACAACCUGCCGCACACAAUCAUAGCAAUCAAUGCUGGACACUUGACCUCAGCAGCUCUAGUUAGACUACCCAAACCAUCGUCGAUCCUGAUACAGCACAACAUUACUAUGCCAUCCUCUGCCCGGUGCCACAAUGGGUUCUUGCGGAUGAGUUCAUUGGCGCUCUUAUUGACGGUCCAAGCCGUGGCUGCUGCCACACUGGAAAAGUCGUGGACGUUGCAUCACUCCUCCAAUGGAGGCCAAGAGUUUGCCCGUCGAGCAUCCAUUGUCCUCUCGUUGGAUCCAGAAGCGGAAGGAUCCGUGGAUAUUUCCAUUAGCAAUGACAACUCGACGUUGAAUGAACAAACAUUCUUGGCCAACAAGGCCGCUGGAUCCAUGUACCAGCUCAAGCUAGUCGAAGAGGGAAGUGACGGCAGUGAUUUUAUUCUUUCCAGUGUGCCAGGAUGUCAGUUAUUGCGAGCCAAUUUUAGAGAAGAGAUUGUACUUACACUGGGCCCCAAGGCAUCUGCCAUUAGUUUGACUUAUAUUCCCUUGGUCAGUCCAUUGGCGCCCAAAUCGUGCGACCAUGCCAUUUGGGAUGAGAGAAAAUCCAAUUUGCCCGAAGGCUGGGAUUCCCGCAUAUCGUGGGAAACGGCAACCCCGGGAAUGGUAUUACGUCCCGUCAUGCCUCAGUACCGCCCUCCUCCUGGUUUGAGAUGGUUGCCUCGUAUGGGGACCAACGGCAAGCUAUACAGUGCUCAGGGACCGCCUGGUGGCGACAAGGAAAAAGAGGGUGGCGGGCCUGGACAGCAACCCGUGGACAAUACACCCUUUGGUUUUGCCAAGCGAUAUUGGUAUAUUUUACUGCCACUCUUUUUGGCCAACUUUAUUGGAGCCGAGCCUCCUCCGGAAGAAGGUCAACCGGGAGGAGGACAGCAACAACAAGUAGGGGGUCCUCCACCGACGGCAGCACCCGCAGUUGGAGGUGCUGCUGGAGGUGCCUCCAAAAAACGCCGUGGAAAGCGAGAUUAGAUUGUAGUAGCAAAACAUCAAACUCUAGCAGGUUUAGGCAUUGUAUAGUU